CCAGUUAAUCUUCGUGAUAGAUUUAGAAAAUGGGAAAAAAAGACGUCGUUAAGUCCGUAGAAAAGAAAGAAAAGAAGGAUAAGAAGGAGAAGAAGGCUGCAAAGAAGGAACCUACACCUCCACCAAAGCCAGCUUCUUCUUCCUCUGACAGCUCUGAUAGCUCUGACUCUUCUGAUAGCGAGGAUGAGAAGAAGCCAGUUGCUAAGAAGCAAGCUGCUAAGAAGGAAGCUAGCAGUGACUCCUCAGAUUCCUCAGACAGCUCAGACUCAUCAGAUGAUGAAAAGCCAGCAGCUAAGAAGGAAGACGCUAAGAAGCCAGCGGCAAAGAAGCAAGACAGCAGUGACUCAUCAGACAGCUCAGACUCAUCAGAUAGUGAAGACGAGAAGCCAGCUGCUAAGAAAGACGACAGCGAUUCCUCAGACUCAUCAGACUCAUCCGAUGACGAGAAGCCAGCUGCCAAGAAGGAAGAGGCUAAGAAGGCUGAUAGCUCUUCAGACUCAUCAGACUCAUCAUCAGAUGAGGAAGACGAAAAGCCAGCUGAAAAGCCAGCUGCAGCACCAGCACCAGUUGCAGAGGAACCAUCAAAGAAGCGUAAAGCCGAUGACAUGGAAGCAGCAGAAGCUAUCACCUUGGAUAACACACCACAAAUUUUCGUUGGACAAUUAUCAUGGAACAUUGAUGACGAUUGGUUGAAAUCAGAAUUCGAACAACUCGGUCCAGUUAAGACAGCAAGAGUUCAACUCGACAGACAAUCAGGACGUUCAAGAGGUUUCGGUUACGUUGAAUUCGAAUCACAUGAAUUGGCAGUUAAGGCUAUGGACCAAUUCGCUGGCAAAGAAAUCGACGGUAGACCAGUCAGAGUUGAUUUGAGUGUACCACGCGCACCAAACCCAGAAAAGAGAGCUAAAUCAUUCGGUGACCAACGUAGCGAUCCUUCAAACACACUCUUCAUUGGUAACCUUUCAUUCAACACAAAUGAAGACAGAGUAUGGGAAUUCUUCGGUGAAUUCGGCUCUGUUGAGAGUGUUAGAGUACCAACUGACAGAGAAACUGGUGCACCAAAGGGUUUCGGAUAUGUCUCAUUCGCAGACGUUGACACAGCGAAAGCAGCUAUUGAUGGUGCAGCAGGCAGCGAACUCGACGGUAGAGUUAUCAGAUUAGAUUUCAGCACACCAAAAGACAGACAAGGUGGCGCACCAAGAGGUAGAGGUGGAUUCGGCGGUCGCGGUGGCAGAGGAGGGGCCCCAAGAGGCAGAGGUGGCAACCCAAAUAGAACAGGGGCUAUUGCACCACCACAAGGAAAGAAGAUGACUUUCGAUUAGAAAAUUUUAAAUUAUUGUUAUUUUUGUUAGAAAUUAAUAUUCUUGGCUUUUUACUG